AUGACCCUGAACCUGCGCACCACGCUCAUUUUCGGCGGCUUCAUCUCCCUGAUCGGCGCCACCUUCUACCCCAUCUACUUCCGGCCCCUAACGUGGCUGGAGGAAGCUAAGAAGGAACAAGCCAUAAAUCGAGCUGGUAUUGUCCAAGAAGAUGUGCACCCACCAGGGUUAAAAGUGUGGUCGGAUCCAUUUGGCAGGAAAUGAAAAGGCUAUCACCACCUCUGAUUAUGAAAGUAGACAGAGUCUUCAUGCUUUCAGUUCUGCAGCAAGUACAAU